AACACUUUUUUCAGUUCAUUGCGCUGGGUGUCUAUAUUACCUGCUAGCUGAGUACCAAGGAAAGACAUGGAUUGGAGCUGCGUUCCCAAACUUCCGAGAGAUGAGCCUUCGGGUGAUCAGAUACAUUUCAGCUAUCUACUGGUCCAUCACCACCAUGACUACAGUAGGUUAUGGUGACCUCCAUGAUGUGAACACCAUGGAAAUGAUCUUCAUUAUUUUCUACAUGCUCUUCAACCUUGGUCUAACUGCUUACUUGAUUGGUAACAUGACAAAUCUUGUUGUUGAAGGAACUCGCCGUACCAUGGAAUUUAGAAAUAGCAUUGAAACAGCAUCGAACUUUGUGUGCCGAAAUCGGUUGCCUCCAAGAUUAAAAGAGCAGAUCCUGGGGUACAUGUGUCUAAGAUUUAAGGCAGAGAGCUUGAAUCAGCAUCGCCUUAUCGAACAGCUACCAAAGUCGAUUUGCAAAAGCAUCUGCCAGCAUUUGUUUUUCCCAACUGUAGAGAAAGUCUAUCUCUUCAAAGGAGUCUCAAAAGAAAUUCUUGUGUCCCUUGUUGCAAAAAUGAAGGCAGAGUACAUACCCCCUAGAGAGGAUGUUAUCAUGCAAAAUGAAGCACCAGAUGAUGUUUACAUUAUAGUGUCAGGAGAAGUGGAAAUCAUUGAUAAUGUAAUGGAAAGAGAGAGAAUUUUAGGGACUUUACAAACAGAAGACAUGUUUGGAGAAGUUGGUGCACUUUGUUGCAGACCUCAGAACUUUACCUACAGAACCAAGACUCUCACACAGCUCCUGAGGCUGAAAACCAGUGUUCUUAUAGAAGCAAUGCAAAUUCAAAAAGAAGACAACAUACAAAUACUUAAAAAUUUCCUUCAGCAUUUCAAGCAGCUUAAGGAUCUCAGUAUCAGAGAUUUGAUGGUGGAGAAUUUGGAAGAAGAGGACCCUAACAUGGCUGUGAACUUGUUAACUGUGGCCUCCACAGGCAAUGCUGCUUUUCUUGAGGAGCUUCUAAGAGCAGGAUUGGAUCCAGACAUUGGAGACUCCAAAGGAAAAACCCCCUUGCACAUAGCAGCAUCAAAUGGGCAUGAAGAGUGUGUUAGAGUCUUACACAGGCACACAUGCAACAUACAUAUAAGAGAUAUCAAUGGUGACACAGCAAUAUGGGAUGCUAUAGCAUCAAAACACUACUCCAUAUUCCGGAUCCUCUACCAGCUAGCUGCUCUCUCUGAUCCACACACAGCAGGCAAUCUCCUAUGUACAGCAGCAAAAAGAAAUGAUUUAAUAGUCAUGAAUGAGCUUUUGAAGCAAGGACUAAACAUUGAUUCGAAAGAUCGCCAUGGUAACACAGCUAUCCAAAUUGCCAUGACAGAAAAUCAUGUAGACAUGGUUCAGUUGCUUGUCAUGAAUGGCGCAGAUGUCUCGGAUGUGCAUACUAAUGAAUUUUCUGCAUUCAACUUAAAUGAAAUGCUGCAGAAGCGUGAAGUUGGACACCUAAUUAAUGUAAAUGAGGCCAUGUCCAGUGAGGAUGUAUUGAAGGGGCAACAAUAUCAAGAAGAGAAGGAGCAUAUUAGGGGAAGAUCUAAUGGACUAGUAUGUCCAAGAGUAAGCAUAUAUAGAGGUCACCCUGUAGUGAAAAGAGAAAGAGGUGUAAUGGAAGCUGGGAAACUAAUAAGGUUGCCUGAUUCAUUAGAGGAGCUCAAAACUAUUGCAGGUGAAAAAUUUGGAUUUGAUGCAAGGGAUGCAAUGGUGACAAAUGAUGAAGGAGCAGAAAUAGACUGUAUUGAUGUGAUCAGAGAUAAUGAUAAAGUUUAUAUUUUUGAAUAGGUUCAUACCUUUAAAAAUGCAUGUGUAGCUGCUUACCCAAGCACUGUGCAAAAUGAUAUCUUGUGGUUUUGGCCAAAUACUGACCCUCAAUUCAAAGAUAUUAUUGCAACAAAAAGACCCCCCUUCAUACCAGUCCUG